GUGCCCAGGUCUGCCACCAUGCCCAGCUAACGCUCCUGCCUCUGCAUAGGGCUUGCCGCCUGACCUGCCCUUGGGGAAGAUGGGAAAGGGCUACAAGGUGGUGGUCUGUGGAAUGGCCUCGGUGGGGAAGACUGCGAUUUUGGAGCAGCUUCUCUAUGGAAAGCAUACUGUUGGCAUAGAAGAAGGUGCCACAAUGGAAGAUGUGUAUUUGGCGUCGGUGGAGACAGAUCGAGGCGUGAAGGAACAGUUGAGGCUUUAUGACACCAGGGGUCUGCAGGAGGGCGUAGAAUUGCCAAAACACUAUUUCUCUGUCACUGAUGGCUUCGUUCUUGUGUAUGCUGUGACGAGCCUCGAAUCUUUCCAAAGAGUCGAACUGCUCAAAAAGGAGAUCGACAUCUUUAGAGACAAAAAGGAGGUAACAGUUGUUGUCCUGGGAAACAAAACUGACCUCUUGGACCAAAGGGAAGUGGAAACAGAAGCAGCACAGCAAUGGGCAAGGGCUGAGAAAGUGAGACUGUGGGAAGUGACUGUGACAGAUCGGAAAACACUGCUUGAGCCCUUCACCUUCCUAGCUAACAAACUCUCCCAGUCCCAGAACAAAUCAACGUUUCCUUUGCCUGGAAGGAAAAGCAAAGGGAAUAACUGUGAUAACUAAGCUACCUUAGCAUUGUCCGCUGCUGCCAAGUCACAGCCUAAGUCCUUUCUGUGCCAUUUGCUUCUUGCAGUUUCACUUAAAGCAAUAAUCUCAUUCAGCAAUAAAAUCAGCAAGCUCAUGGCUAAGAGGUAUCCUUCCUUCUCAUACUUGGCUUGAUAAAGUCACUGGUGGUAAACGCCU